GCUUGAUCUGCAGACACGUACCUGCUGCGGGAAAAAUUUGAAUCCAUGAAAAUAUUUCGUCGAAGCUCAGGGCUCUUCCCCUUUGAUUGUUUACAUUUUCAGGUUCUGCUCGAAGCGCAAUAAUGAAUGAUAUUGAGCUUCUACAAAGCCUGCGUUAAACAAUAAAUGAUGAGGACUGUACCAACAUGGGUUGAUAAGGUCCAAGACCAUGAUAAAGUUGAACAAUGUGUCUACGACCUAUGCUUCAGCCCUGAUGGAGCGCAACUGAUUGUUGCAGCAGGUCAAAGGGUUUUAGUUUAUGACGCAAAUGAUGGAUCCCUAAUUCAGCCUCUUAAAGGACACAAAGAUAAUGUUUACUGUGUAAACUACGCUAAAGAUGGCAAAAGAUUUGCAUCAGGUAGCUCGGACAAAAGUGUUAUUAUUUGGACAAACAAAUUGGAGGGUAUUUUGAAAUACACGCAUAGUGAUGCUAUCCAGUGCUUAGCGUACAACCCUGUUUCACAUCAGCUUGCUAGCUGUGCCAUCAGCGACUUUGGUUUGUGGGCUCCGCAGCAAAAAGCUGUCCAGAAGCAUAAAUCUAAUGCCAGAAUAAAUGCCUGUGCCUGGUCUAACGAUGGCCAAAUUUUGGCUCUCGGACUGGCUAGCGGUUGCGUUUCGUUGAGAAGCAAAACUGGAGAAGAGAAAAGUCGGCUAGAGCGUCCUGGACUUUUCCAAUCUCCAAUAUGGGGACUUGCUUUCAACCCUGCAAAAGAUGAAGGCUGUGACACUCUUUGUGUUGCUGAUUGGAGCCAAACUUUGUCAUUCUACUCACCGGAAAACAAGAAAGAGGAUGUUUUUUCAUACAAAUCAGUUGGAAAGGAGCGCAAUCUUGGAUUUGAUCCUUUAUCCAUCAGCUAUUUUAACCAAGGUCAAUAUCUCCUCGUGUCUGGAUCGGGUGGUAAUUGCAUCCUUAUGACCAGAGACGGCGUACGACUUGGGGUAAUUGGUCAGCAAGAUACUUGGGUGUGGGGAGUUGCAGCUAGACCAAACACAAGUUAUGUGGCCAUUGGUUGCAAUGAUGGGACCAUAGCUUAUUACCAGCUUGUAUUUAGUACUGUCCAUGGUUUAUAUAAGGAGAGAUAUGCGUACAGAGAAAACAUGACAGACGUAAUUAUACAGCAUUUGCUGACAGACCAAAAAGUUAGAAUUAAAUGUCGGGAACUAAUCAAGAAGAUAGCGAUAUACAAACAUCGAUUAGCUGUGCAAUUGCCAGAAAGAAUAAUUAUUUACGAGCUCUAUUCUGGUGACUCAAAUGGAAUGCAUUAUCGUGUCAAAGAAAAAAUCAACCACAAGUUUGUUUGCAAUUUGUUGGUUGUUUGUACUGAUCAUCUUGUGCUAUGCCAGGAGCGGAGACUUCAAUGCCUGAACCUGCAAGGUGCAGUGGUUCGAGAAUGGGUCAUGGACUCGCUAAUCAGAUACAUCAAAGUUGUUGGAGGUCCGCCUGGAAAGGAAGGGCUUCUUCUGGGACUAAAAAAUGGGGAGGUUUUUAAAAUUUUCAUCGACAACCCCUUUCCUAUAAGCCUUCUCAAGGUUGGAUCCCCGAUACGUUGCCUUGAUUUGAGUGCCUCAAGGAAAAAACUAGCUGUUGUUGACGAAAACAGCCAGUGCUUAGUUUAUGAUAUCCAAACUUCAGAUAUGCUGUACCAGCAACCCAAUGCUAACUCUGUUGCAUGGAAUUCACAUUUUGAAGAUAUGCUGUGCUUCUCUGGAAAUAAUUUACUUAGUAUCAAAGUGGGAGACUUUCCCGUCCACCAGCAGAAACUUUCAGGGUUUGUCGUGGGACUUUGUGGAUCGAAAAUUUUUUGUCUGCACAUAGCGACUAUGUCGACCAUUGAAGUACCUCUAUCUGCACCCAUGUACCAAUAUUUAGAGAAGAAAAUGUUCAGAGAAGCGUAUCAGGUUGCCUGUCUUGGAGUGACCGAGGGAGACUGGGAGAGCUUGGCUCAUGCAGCUCUUGACCACCUGGACUUGAGCAUAGCUCGUUUGGCAUUUAUAAGAAUCAAGGAUAUCAAUUAUUUGCAAUUGAUCUUUGAAAUUGAGGAGCGUCAGAAGAAAGGAGAAAAUGAGCAUGAAGUUUUCUUAGCUGAUGUUCUAGCGUUUAGGGGCCAGUUCAAAGAAGCAGCUCGACUGUAUAAAAACGAAAGGCAGCCCAAAAAGGCUCUUGAAAUGUUCACCGAUCUUAGAAUGUUCCAUCUGGCUCAGGAAUAUCUUGGUUCUGAAGAGAGUGCAACUUUGACUAAGAAAAAAGCAGACUGGGCAAGAAGCAUCAACGAGCCUCGAGCCGCUGCAGAAAUGUAUUUGUCUGCUGGAGAAACUUUAAAAGCCAUCGACAUCAUUGCCGAAAAUGGGUGGAUAGACAUGCUGCUUGACGUUGGCAGAAAACUUGGAAAAGCUGAGGUUGAAGAAAUGGCCAGGUUGGCAGAUCACCUAAGUGCUUUAGGUCAUUUGCCUUCUGCAGCUGACAUGUACAGAAAAUUGGGUGACAUGAUGAGUGUUGUCAAAUUAUAUGUGCAAGCCAAAGAGUGGCGUGAGGCCUUUUCCCUUGCUGAGCAGCAUCCAAAUCUGCGAGACCUUGUUUAUGUGCCUUAUGCACAAUGGCUUGCAGAGAAUGACCACUUUCUACUGGCUCAAAAAGCGUUCCAUAAAGCUGGAAGGCCACAAGAAGCGCUAAAGGUUUUGAAACAGCUCACAGACAAUGCAAUUAAUGAAAAACGUUUUGACGAUGCUGGUUAUUACAAUUGGGUUUUAUCAAUGCAGUAUUUGGACAUGGCAAGAGAAAUGCCAGAAGAACAGGAGAAGUUCAUAAUAAAAUUUAUGGAAUGUCAAAGAGAUGCUUCCAUUUAUUACGCGUACCAUGGAAUUCAAAGAUAUACUGACGAACCAUUUACGUCAUACAUGCCUGAAGCUUUGUUCAAUAUAGCAAGAUUUUUGCUUCAUGAGAUCAAGGAUUCUCGUCCAAAGGGUGUCCUCCAAUUUUGUAUUCUAUACACAUUGGCUAGACAAGGCCGAAAUUUAGGUGCAAACAAAUUGGCGCAGCAAGUUUUAACACAAAUGCAAAAAAUGAGGAUUCCUGUUCGAUUUCAAGAAAGUGUUGAGUCAACCGCAUUGGCUAUUCGAGCAUUACCGUUUACUGACAACGAAGAUCUUCAGCCCAUGUGUUACAGGUGCUCGAGUUACAACCCACUGCUUACAAAUUACAGCAACAAUUGUGCUAAUUGUUUUCAACCAUGGGUAUUCUCCUUUGUCUCAUUUGAAACUCUCCCUCUUGUUGAGUUUCGCCUGGAGGCUGGUAUAAGUGAUGAUGAGGCGGUGAGGCUUCUACAAUUGUCCAAUGAUUCGAAACAAAAUUCUGCUUGGAAAGAAGCCCAUGAAGGAGAAGCAGAAGUUCUGACUUUUGACGAAGCAGCCACUCACGAUCCUUUCACAUCUCCAACACUGAAUUUUGAUGAUCUCAAUGAAUUCAGCACCUCUUUAAUCACUUUGAACAGAGAACACCUUCGGGCCUUGGAACCGAAUGAAGUUAUAAUUAUGAAAUGGGCCCCACCUCUGAGAUUCCAGUACUUCAGGAACUUGUUGCCAGACGUUCCAGUGGCCCAUUGCCAAAGUUGCAAUAAAAUUUUCCAUGUCGAUGAUUUUGAAUUGCAAACGCUGCAGAAAGGACACUGCCCAUUCUGUCGCACACCGCCUCCAAAUCUUAAGUCUAGUAAAACUGAUGACCUAGAAUCAUUUUUGUCAAGUGACCUCUGUUAAAUAAUAAAUGAAUGUCGACAAAUGUUGACGAUUUCAUCAAUUUUAUAUCAUGUAUUUCAU